AUGUGGUUGUGGCAUGCGUCACAGGAUGUACAAAAACUGAAAAAAGUGAAAAAUGAGAACAUGUCAGCAUUUUUACAAAGAGUUCUCAAUGUAGCAGUAUGUUUACAGUCAUAUCGUCGUAAACCGGAAGAUUUUCCAUUUAUCAGUUCAUCAGGUCACGGCGCAUUUGGUCGUGUUCAACUUGUUCGUGAAAUUACAACAGGUUGUGUAUGUGCUAUGAAAGUAAUAAACAAAUCUCGAAUGCUUGCACAACACACAGAUUAUUGGGCCGAAAAAGAAAUUAUGUCACAUGGUGAAAGUCCGCGGAUUGUAGAAUGA